AGAUUCUGUGUUUUCAUCUGAAGCCGAAGGCCGACUGCAGAAGCAGAACUCCAUAGCUUCCAUCAAUGGCUCCCAAGGCAGGAAAGCGGAAAACCAGCCGUAACCCAGAUCUCAUUCGCGGCAUCGGAAAGUUCUCCAGGUCUAAAAUGUACCACAAGCGUGGGCUCUGGGCAAUCAAGGCCAAAAACGGCGGUGUUUUCCCCAAGCACGACCCCAAGCCGGCUGCUCCUCUGCCGUCCGAGAAGCCGCCGAAGUUUUACCCGGCUGACGACGUCAAGAAGCCGUUGGUGAACAAGCGGAAGCCCAAGCCCACCAAGCUCAGGGCACGCAUUACACCUGGGACUGUUUUGAUCAUAUUGGCCGGGAGGUUUAAGGGGAAGAGAGUUGUUUUUCUGAAACAGCUGCCAUCUGGGUUGCUUCUGAUUACUGGUCCAUUUAAUAUUAAUGGCGUUCCUCUCAGACGUGUGAACCAAUCUUAUGUCAUUGCAACUUCAACCAAGAUCAACAUUUCUGGGGUAAACGUGGAAAAGUUUGAUGACAAGUACUUUGCAAAGGCGGUAGAAAAGAAGACGAAGAAAGGAGAGGGCGAAUUUUUUGAGGCAGAAAACGAGGAAAAGAAGACACUUCCACAGGAGAAGAAAGAUGACCAGAAAACCGUGGAUGCGGCGUUGGUGAAAUCCAUCGAGGGAGUCCCAGACCUGAAGACCUACCUGGCUGCAAGGUUUUCGCUCAAGUCAGGCAUGAAACCUCAUGAACUGGUCUUCUAGAGGGAAGCUCCUCCUUGUUGCAGAACCCCUUCCAUCUCAUCUAUUAUGCGACAGUAGUGGAUGCAUUUUCUAUAGUUUACCAUGCAGAACCUUAAUUUUGCUGUGCUGUUUAUGGAGUUACCCAUAGAAAUUCCUUCUGUUAAUUUUAUGAUUAUCUAGUGAUCUUAUUAUUAUAGGCGGGGUGGAUUUGUUUUUGUUGCA